CACCCAACAGAGAAAACUAUCCUGUAGAAGGGACAGCACCAAAAGGCAAAAGAAAGAAGACCAUGGAGAAGAAGGUGGCUGUGAUUGGAGCUGGGGUCAGUGGCCUGGUCUCUCUGAAGUGCUGUGUGGACGAGGGACUGGUGCCCACUUGCUUUGAGCAGACUGAAGAUAUUGGAGGGCUGUGGAGGUUCAAAGAAAAUGUUGAAGAUGGCCGAGCAAGUAUCUAUCAAUCUGUCAUCACCAACACAAGCAAAGAAAUGUCCUGUUUCAGUGACUUUCCAAUGCCUGAAGACUUUCCAAACUUCCUGCACCAUUCUAAGCUCCUGGAAUACUUCAGGAUUUUUGCCAGAAAGUUUGAUCUUCUAAAAUAUAUUCAGUUCCAGACAACUGUCCUCAGUGUGAAAAAACACCCGGAUUUCUCAUCCUCAGGCCAAUGGGAGGUUGUCACCGAGUGCAACAGCAAGAAGCAAAGUGCCGUCUUUGACGCAGUUAUGGUUUGCAGCGGCCACCACAACCUCCCUCACAUGCCGCAGGAAUCGUUUCCAGGUAUUGAGAGGUUCAAAGGCCAGUAUUUCCAUAGCCACCAAUACAAGCACCCAGGGGGACUUGAAGAGAAACGAAUCCUGGUGAUUGGACUAGGAAACUCAGCCUCAGACAUUGCCGUUGAGCUGAGUAAGAAGGCUGCUCAGGUAUUCGUCAGCACCAGACACGGUUCCUGGGUCAUGGGUCGGAUCUCUGAAGAUGGCUACCCCUGGGACAUGGUGUUCCACACCCGGUUUAGGUCCAUGCUCCGAAAUGUCCUGCCACAAAUGAUUCGAAAAUGGAUGAUGGAACAGCAGAUGAAUCAGUGGUUCAACCAUGAAAAUUAUGGCCUUGAGCCUCAAAACAAAUAUCUUAUGAAAGAACCUGUACUAAAUGAUGAUCUUCCAAGUCGUAUACUCUACGGAGCCAUCAAGGUGAAAGCGACAGUGAAAGAGCUCACGGAAACUUCUGCCAUAUUUGAAGAUGGAACAGUGGAGGAGAAGAUUGACGUCAUUGUCUUUGCAACAGGAUAUACUUUCUCUUUUCCAUUCCUUGAAGAUUCACUUGUGAAAGUAGAGGAUAAGAUGGUCUCACUGUAUAAAUACAUGUUCCCUCCUCACCUGGAGAAGUCAACUCUGGCAUGCAUUGGUCUCAUCCAACCCCUAGGUUCCAUUUUCCCAACUGUUGAACUUCAAGCUCGAUGGGCAACCAGGGUUUUCAAAGGUUUGUGUACCUUGCCCUCAGAGAGGACUAUGAUGGUGGACAUUAUCCAGAGGAAUGAAAAAAGAAUCGAUCUGUUUGGAAAGAGCCAGAGCCAGACGCUGCAGACCAAUUACAUCGACUACUUGGACGAGCUUGCCUCAGAGAUAGGUGCGAAGCCAGACAUCCUGUCUCUCCUGCUGAAAGACCCCAAACUGGCUGUGAAGCUCUAUUUUGGACCCUGCAACUCCUACCAGUACCGCCUCACUGGGCCCAGGCCGUGGCAGGGAGCCAAGAGUGCCAUCCUCACCCAGAAACAACGGAUACUGAAGCCUUUGAAGACCCGGGCAGUAAAAGCUUCUCCGGAUUUCCCGGUUUCCUUCCUGUUGAAAACCCUGGGGUUUCUUGCUAUUGUCGUGGCCUUUGUUUUCAGCUUCAGUGGCUCUAAUCUGUCAGCCUAAAGCUUGUGACUGUACUAUCAGCCAGUUCCUAUAAAAAAAAAAAAAAAGACUAAAAGAAAAAAAUGGGAAAUCUAAUGGAUUCUGUAUUUCAGAGUUGAGAGGACAGAGAGAGGUGGUUGUAAAGAAUUAGCAGAAUUCGGUCCACGGAGAACACCAAAAUGGCGUCAUAAAAUUUCUUUGCUACUCCACCCUUCCCUCAAGUUCCUCAGACUCUCCAAAAGGACAAUUAAAUGGCACUGGAUAAAUAGUGCUGCCAGGCCCCAAAGAAGGGGCUUGUGUGGAAAAAAUAGGACUAUACAGAAGGCAAAGCAAGCCCCAUGGUUGAAAACAUUGGAAAAUUUCAAUGGUGGGUAAAUAUUUAAACUCCGGCACGAAUGUUCCCGAUAGUCUCUUACCGAGACUGGUAACAAAGUUCGCAGGUGUGAGGUCAUGGUCCAUUUGCUCAGAGUUCGUAACAAAGUUCACAGGGGUCAGGUCAUGGUCCAUUUGCUCAAUAGGGAAUCGCUCAAAACUCCUGGAGGCGAAAAGGAGAGGCUCGAGUCAGAAAGCGUCAGCAAUGAUCAGAUAUUAAGGAUAUUAAGGGUAUUAAGGGUAAUAAGUAGGGCACGUGCUGCAUGGAGCCCUGGGUGUUGUACGCAAUGAAUCUUAGAACACAGCAAGAAAAAGAAAAAAGAAAGAAAGUAAAGCCAGUAGGCACAUUUCUUACAUUUUGACAGAAGCACCGUUGUAAAAAUAAAAAUAAAGCUGCGGUAACAGUUACAGACACAUUCAGUACUUAACAGAGCAGACAUUGUGCUCAGGGUACACCACGUGUACUAGCAUCCUUUAAAUCUCACAACAGUUCUGUGAUGUGGAUGCAGCUGUUCUACCCAUUCUACAGAUGAUGAACCAAGACUCAGAGCAGUUGGGUAACAUGCCCAAGACCACACAGCUGGUCUUAUCCUGGAGCUGGGACUGGAACCCAGUUUUGCUUGAUUCUGGGACUGUGGAUCAUAACCUUUCCCCAGAAUAUACUUAUUUACAAAACCGCUAUUGCUGAUUAAGUACUUAUUAACAGUUUAUUUUAUUUAUAAUCAUAUAUAUGUUGCUUCUGGAGGAACUUAACAUAGAUAACAGCACUCUUCUUGCAAAUAUGAUCAAUUAAUUUUUUCAUAAUAUUUGGUUUAUAGUCCGGCCAGAUUUAAGAAGCAUGUGAAGGCAUUUACAAUGAAAGACACCUAUACCAGAAUAUUUAAGGUAGUAUUUUGAAAUUUGAAAAUUUUGCAACCUUUUUUCAUUUGAAAAA